CUGGAACAUGCAGCCUUCACACUACACAUGCACUUGGUGCUGGGUUGAAGUCACGCGCACACGCACACGCACACGCAGGGCAGGUCUAAUUGGAGGGAGUGGUUGCAUGAAGAUAGAAGCCAUCCAACCGACCGUGUCGCCAGCAGAAGAGGGAUGCUUGGGAAGCAGCAGCAUCUCCCACAGGAACCCAGGAUCUCCCACAGGAACCCAGGAUCUCCCACUAGAACCCAGCAUCUCCCACAGGAACCCAGCAUCUCCCACUAGAACCCAGCAUCUCCCACAGGAACCCAGCAUCUCCCACAGGAACCCAGGAUCUCCCACAGGAACCCAGCAUCUCCCACCGGAACCAGCAUCUCCCUCUGGAACCCAGACGCACAGCAGGUCCACUCGCCGAGGAGCUGUUGCUCAUCUCCGGCAGGUCCUGGGCAGCCUGGCGUGAGUCGAGAGGAUAAGAACUUGGCCGGAUUGCAGAAUUCGGAGGCGGGGGAACCGAGGGAACCGAGGGAACCGGGGCAACCGGGGCUACCGGGCUCGUCCACCAGGUGGUUUCAUCAGACAAAAACUGUUGCGCUUCCGACCCGAAGGCCAAGUAAGCGCCAACAUCUGUCGGACUCCAACCAUCGGCCUCAUCCACACUUAGUUUGCCAACAGGUGGUUCCGGCCGCUUCCGCAAUGAGGGCGCGCUUGGCGCUAAGGCUUUGAUCGGUGCCGCACAAAGUCAUCAUUUGCGGCAGGUGCGGACCAGGCUGCGGGUCUCGAUGAUCAGCUCCGUGUGCGUCUCGUCUUACCGAGGGCGGAAGUCCGGCAACAAAGCCCCGUCCAAAUCAUGCCUCAAGGAGGAGAUGUCCAGGGGUGAGGAUUCGGACAAAAUCACCAUCAACGUCGGCGGCACCCGACAUGAAACCUACAAGAGCACCCUCAGGACCCUGCCCGGGACCCGCCUGGCAUGGCUGGCCGACCCGGACCCGCAGGUCAGCUCCGACAGGUCGUCGGACUCGGCGCCCCCGAACUCCGACGAGCUGUUCUUCGACCGACACCCCGGCAUCUUCGCCUACGUGCUCAACUACUACCGGACCGGGAAGCUCCACUGCCCGGCCGACGUGUGCGGACCGCUCUUCGAGGAGGAGCUGGCCUUCUGGGGCAUCGACGAGACCGACGUGGAGCCGUGCUGCUGGAUGACCUAUCGGCAGCACCGGGACGCGGAGGAGGCCCUGGAGACCUUCGAACCGCCGGAACCGGACGAGGCGGACGACGAGGGCGAGAUGCCCAGGAGGUUUGGCAUCGAGGACUGCCCCGACGGGUCGAGGGGGCGCUGCCGACUUUGGCAGCCCAAGAUCUGGGCCCUCUUCGACGACCCCUACUCGUCCAGAGCGGCUCGGGGAGUGGCUCUUGCAUCCCUCUUCUUCAUCCUGGUGUCCAUCACCACCUUCUGCUUGGAGACCCACAAAGCCUUCAACGAGCUGCAGAACCGCACAGAGCUGGUGGUCGUCGGCAACAUCACACGUGCAGAGGAGAGGUGGGAGAUGGUGACCAAGCCCAUCCUCAUCCUGGUGGAGGGCAUCUGUGUGGUCUGGUUCACCUUCGAGUUCCUGGUGCGAAUCCUCUGCUGCCCCAACAAAUUGGAGUUUGUGAAGAACACCCUAAACAUCAUCGACUUUGUGGCCAUUUUACCCUUCUACUUGGAGAUGGGCCUGAGCGGGCUGUCCUCCAAAGCGGCCAAAGACGUGCUGGGUUUUCUCCGAGUGGUGCGGUUUGUUCGGAUUCUUCGGAUCUUCAAGCUGACACGACACUUUGUGGGUCUACGUGUGCUUGGACAUACUUUGAGGGCCAGCGUCAAUGAAUUCCUCCUGCUCAUCAUCUUCUUGGCCCUGGGCGUGCUCAUCUUCGCCACCAUGAUUUACUACGCCGAGCGCAUCGGCGCCAGCCCGGACGACCCCACCGGCUGCCGUCACACGCACUUCAAGAACAUCCCCAUCAGCUUUUGGUGGGCCGUGGUCACCAUGACGACCCUGGGCUACGGAGACAUGUACCCGCAGACGUGGCUGGGCAUGAUGGUGGGAGCGUUGUGCGCGCUGGCCGGGGUCCUGACCAUCGCCAUGCCCGUCCCGGUCAUCGUCAAUAACUUUGGGAUGUACUACUCGCUCGCCAUGGCCAAGCAGAAGCUGCCCAAAAAGAAGAAUAAGCACAAUCCCAACCCAGACGCCCAAACCGACUCGGCGUCGUUUGUAAAAUCGGAAACCAACUCGCACAGAGGCAGCACUCAGAGCGACACGUGUCCACUGGCGGCCGACGAGAACGCCAGCAGGAAGCGAUCAGACUCCAAACAGAACGGAGACGCAAACGUGGGCCUCUCAGAGGAGGAGGACAGCAGUCUGACCCAGCCCCUGUCCCCCAAUGACAGGUGGUCCCUGCGUUGCUCCCGGGGGCGAGAUAGAACUAAAAAGGAAGCCACCUGCUUUCUCCUCACCCCAGGAGACCCGAGCAUCCAUGGCGAGAGCUGCAAAGACGUGAUGGCGCCACCCGCCAACUACGCCCAGCCGGAGGUCAGCACUCGGACCUGAUGCUGGCUGCUAACAGAGAGGAGAGCCAGAACUGAAGGGGCGGAGAAACUGUAGACUGGAUCCUUUGGAAGGACGUUGUUUUUGUCUCUCGAGCAUCCCUACAUCUACAUCACAUCUACAUCUACAUCUACAUCUACAGCUACAUCUACAGCUACAGCUACAGCUACAGCUACAUCUACAUCUACAUCUACAUCUACAUCACAUCUACAGCUACAUCUACAUCUACAUCUACAGCUACAGCUACAGCUACAUCUACAUCUACAUCUACAUCUACAUCUACAUCACAUCUACAUCUACAGCUACAUCUACAGCUACAUCUACAGCUACAGCUACAUCUACAGCUACAUCUACAGCUACAUCUACAUCACAUCUACAUCUACAGCUACAUCUACAUCUACAGCUACAUCUACAUCUACAUCUACAGCUAGUACAUCUACAUCUACUCACAGCUAAUGAUUUAGUCCCAUGUACGUGUAAAACUAGCAUCAAGACUGGCCUAGUCCAAGGCUUGUCUUGGUCUUAGCGGAGUUGAGCCUUUUUCAUAUCUCCAUGGUACGCCGUCACUUCACUUCUGGCCCCAUUCUUACAACGCUUGGAGGUUUUUCUUGGUCCGCCCGCCUCGUGAGGACAGACCACAAAUCCUGAGAGAGAUGGACGUCAGAAGAGUUUCCUGGCCAUGGACCCAAAAUGUCCGUGUUUUGUUCCCCGAGCCAGUUGUGACGUCUGCCUCAUGGCAAGUACUUGGUCAUGCUGGUUUUGGUGCCGGUCUUCAUCCACGGCGGUGUUCUUCUUCCUGUGGUCCAUGGUGAGGGAGCCCACUCCGCCGCCGAGUUCAGCUUCACAGGAUGCUGGCUACUGCUGGCACGUCACAGGACCGCUGGUAGCGUUCCUCCAGGCAGUCGGGAUCAUCCCUGACCUUUCUGCCAAUAUUCCUGUCAUUCUCCAAACUUUGGCCAUGACUGCACUGUGGUUGCCGUUAUCCAACCACGGCGUUCGUCCCGCGUUUGAUAGCAUGUAUUGCAUGAUCCGUGAUCAGUGUAUCAUUUCCUAACCAUGUAGCGACAUCUGCAUCCAGCCUGGCGUUCCUUAGUGUACCCAUGGAAGGAAUUAUGUAAGGAAUACCAUGUACACAAGUGCAUUAGUGUGAAGUGAAUAUGGCGUUCCUUAGUGUACCGAUGGAAGGAAUUAUGUAAGGAAUACCAUGUACACAAGUGCAUUAGUGUGAAGUGAAUAUGGCGUUCCUUAGUGUACCCAUGGAAGGAAUUAUGUAAGGAAUACCAUGUACACAAGUGCAUUAGUGUGAAGUGAAUAUGGCGUUCCUUAGUGUACCCAUGGAAGGAAUUAUGUAAGGAAUACCAUGUACACAAGUGCAUUAGUGUGAAGUGAAUAUGGCGUUCCCAUUUGUAGGAAUUCUGUUAGAAAUCCCAAACAUCCUAACCGUGACCGUCAACUAUUCAUACAAGACUUUUUUACUGAGGAGCCUGAAAUGUCUUCAUGGUGGACCUUCUGAUGUGGAGAUCUUGAUGGUGGCAUCGACUGCUUCUACCAGUACUGCUGGGGUUCGGACCAAACGUAAACAGGACCAGAUUCCAUUUUCAUGAGCAUCUUUACUUGCUGGAAAUACUUGCAGUACAAAGUACAGCCUCGUGUGGCGUAGUGGCACCUACUGCAUACGCCGGUAUUGCAAUACGUAUCCAGUAGGUGUACCUUAUCUGAUAUUAUGUUUGUGUACCGCAGGACUAGAAAUACUUCGUCUGACACUUGGAUAGUUUUCUAGUCGUCCCCAGUCGACCGUAGUGGCCUUUUGUUUACAACUACACCCUCCUUUUCUAGCACGUUAGCAAGUAGCACAGUAGAAUAUUCUAGAACAUUUGUGUACAUAUGACGGACGUGGGAAUGUACCAAUGAACUAUUUGGAUAUUUCCCUCUUAGCCUUACGUCCCGUUUCCUCUUCUGUGGAAAUGUCAUGAAGCACAUCCAUUUGUUUCCAAUUCAAGACCGUCUCAGUCAGUCGGCAAGUAUGUGUGUGUGUGUGUGUGUGUGUGUGUGUGUGUGCGUGUGUGUGUGUGUGUGUGUGUGU